AUGGUCAAGUGGACAGACUUCGAGCGUGCAGCCAUCCAGGACAUCUUCUCCAAGAUCGACUACGGUGUCGUUGGUCCUGCUGCUCUUUCCAGGUGUCUGGUGGUCUACCCCUGGACUCAGAGGUACUUUGGCAGCUUUGGAAACCUCUACAACGCUGCUGCCAUCACAUCCAACCCAAAGGUGGCCGCCCACGGAAGAGUGGUCCUGCAGGGUCUGGAGCAGGCCGUCAGCAACAUGGACAACAUCAAGGCCGCAUUUGCAGAUCUGAGUGUGCUGCACUCCGAGAAACUGCAGGUUGACCCCGGAAACUUCAAGCUGGGAAAAGACUUCACAGCUGAAGUCCAGCAAGCGUUCCAGAAGUUCCUCAACGUGGUGGUGGCCUCCCUGCAGAAACAGUACUACUGAGGAGAACAUGCACAAGAACUCAGAUGCUCUGUUUUCUUUUGU